AUGGCAGAUACUCUGAACAAUAACGGCACUCGCCCCGAAAGCCCCAAUCAGCCCUUCGUUCAUAACCAGGAAGCUCACUCUGGAACCUCGAGUGAUACUAAUGUAGACGUUGAGAACGUUGACGAGGAGAGAGGCAAGGAUUUCAUUCAGAAACGCUUAACAUUAACGUUUCAAAAUGUUAUCGCACGCGUUACGGCUCCUGAUGAAGCAUUGGGUGAGACUCUUUGGUCCUGGGUUGAUCCUCGUCAAUUGGGUGGUUUGUUCAAGAGAACACAUCGGCCGAAGAGAACUAUCCUACACGAUGUUUCUGGUCAAGUGAACCCUGGCGAAAUGCUUCUGGUGCUUGGUCGACCAGGCUCAGGUUGCACAUCCCUACUUCGUGUGCUUUCUAACGAACGAGAGGCCUUCCAAGAGGUUGAGGGCGAGACGAGAUACGGAAGCAUGAACCAUAUUCAAGCAAGAAAGUUUCGACAGCAGAUCGUUUUCAACACUGAAGAUGACAUCCACUUCCCAACCCUGACCGUCAACGAGACCAUGAAGUUUGCUCUCCAGAACAAAAUGCCUCGAGAGAGACCUGAACAUGUCGGAAAGAAGGGCGAUUUCGUCCAGGACAUGCGGAACAAGAUCCUUGACUCUCUAGGCAUUGGCCACACGCAAAAUACACUCGUCGGCAAUGAGUUCAUCCGUGGUGUAUCUGGCGGAGAGAGGAAGAGAGUAUCCCUAGCUGAAGUGAUGGCCACCCAGAGUCCCUUGCAGUUCUGGGAUCAGCCAACUCGAGGCCUCGAUUCCAAGACGGCUCUGGAGUUUGUGGAGACUUUGCGACGAGAUGUCAAUACAAACGGCAAGUCUGUGGUUUUAACAACCUAUCAAGCCGGAAACGGCAUCUUUGAUGCCUUUGACAAGGUUAUUGUGCUGGCCGAAGGACGUGUCAUCUACUACGGGCUCCGCACCGCCGCCAAGCCGUACUUCGAGGACAUGGGCUUCGUUUGUCCUCGUGGCGCCAACAUUGCCGACUUCCUCACAUCUGUUACCGUCAACACGGAGAGAGAGAUUGCUCACGGAUUUGAAACUCGGGUUCCGAAUACCCCUGAAGAGUUUGAGGUUGUCUACAAGAGAAGUGAAACUUGUCGCUUGAUGAGACAGCUCAUUCAACAACCAGAGAACCUAGGCGAUCAAGUUGAAGAUUUGAAGGUGGCAGUUGAGCGAGAGAAGCGACAGCGGAAAUGGAGACUUGGCAAGAGAGGUGUUUAUACUGCCGGCCUUCGCGAGCAAAUCAUCAACUGCACCCAACGCCAAUGGCAAACCAUGAUGGGCGACCGCAUGUCUCUUGUGAUCAAGGUCGUUUCCGCCAUCAUCCAAGCUCUCGUCUGCGGCAGCUUGUUCUACAAUCUCCCGCUGACGAGCGAGUCCAUCUUUCUCCGGCCCGGUGCUCUCUUCUUCCCCAUCCUCUACUUCUUAUUGGAGACUAUGUCAGAGACGACAGCCUCGUUCAUGGGCCGCCCUAUCCUGGUGCGCCACAAGCGAUUUGGGUUUUACCGACCUACGGCCUGUUGUAUCGCCAACGCCAUCACAGAUAUCCCUAUUGUUAUGCUACAGGUUACGUGCUUCACGUUGAUUCUCUACUUCAUGAGUGGGCUUCAAGUCGACGCGGGCAAGUUCUUCACUUGCUGGAUUGUAGUGAACGCAAGCACUCUCUGUUUCCUCCAGUUGUUCCGUGCGGUCGGAGCCAUGUUCAACCAUUUCGGUCUUGCGAGCUAUAUCUCCGGACUAUUGUCCACGAUACUCUUCGUCUACGCAGGUUAUCUGAUCCCAUUCGGCAAGAUGCAUCCCUGGUUCCGCUGGAUUUUCUAUCUCAACCCAGCUGCCUACGCAUUCGAGUCCUUGAUGACGAACGAAUUCCAGGGCCUCAAGCUCGAGUGUAUCGCUCCACAGUAUAUCCCCUUUGGUGCUGGGUACGACAGUCAGAAUCGGGACUUGAGAGGCUGCACUGUUGCCGGUAGCGAUGGGUCUGACAUGAUUGAUGGUGUCGCAUACGUUCAACAGCAGUACGACUAUGCAGUUGGACAUACCUGGCGUGGAUUCGGUGUCGUGAUUGGCUUUUGGAUUUUCUUCAUCGGUCUUACGGCACUUGGCUUUGAGCUACGGAACAGCCACGGAGGAUCGUCUGUUCUGCUUUACAAGAGAGGGCUACGGACCAAGAAGAGUUCGGACCCCGAAAAGGAAGCCGGUUGGAACACGGAACGGCGUCUGCAAAUGCCUUCUCAAUAUGCGCGACAAUCAACCUUUUCUUGGCAUAACCUGGACUACUUUGUUCAGUAUCAGGGUGCGCAGAAGCAGCUUCUGAAUCAGGUGUUUGGAUUUGUCCAGCCGGGAAACCUUGUUGCUUUGAUGGGCUGCUCUGGUGCAGGGAAGACGACCCUCCUAGAUGUCCUCGCUCAACGCAAAGACGCAGGAGAAAUCCGCGGUUCAAUUCUCAUCGAUGGAAAGCCUCAAGGGAUUUCCUUCCAGAGAAUGACUGGCUAUUGCGAACAAAUGGACGUUCAUGAGGCUACUUCAACAGUUAAGGAAGCUCUCAUCUUCUCAGCUGUCUUGCGGCAACCGAGAGAUAUUCCGCACAAGGAGAAACUUGCGUAUGUUGAACACAUCAUGGAACUGUUGGAGCUCCAGGAUAUCUGUGAUGCCCUUAUUGGAACCCCUGGCGCCGGCCUUAGCAUCGAGCAGCGUAAGCGCGUCACGCUUGGUGUCGAGUUGGUCGCCAAGCCGACUUUACUUUUCCUUGAUGAGCCUACGUCAGGCUUGGACGGCCAGUCUGCUUUCAAUAUCGUUCGUUUCAUGCGACGUCUUGUCGACGGCGGCCAAGCUGUCUUGUGUACGAUUCAUCAACCUUCCGCAGUACUCUUCGAUGCGUUUGACUCUCUAUUGCUCUUGGCCAAGGGUGGGCGCAUGGCGUACUUUGGCGAAACUGGACAAUAUUCCAAGACACUUCUCAGCUACUUUGCCAGGAAUGGUGCCCCUUGCCCAGAAGGUGCGAAUCCAGCCGAACACAUCGUUGAGGUUAUCCAGGGUAAGGGCGAAGUCGACGUUGACUGGGUCGAUGUAUGGAACCGAUCUAUCGAGCGCGAGAAAGCUUUGGAGAAGCUUGAGAAGUUGAACCAAGAAGCUCUGUCACGGACUCAAGGCGAACUGGAGGACACCGCCAGCUUCGCCACAUCUAAAUGGUUCCAGUGGAAGACUGUCCUCAACAGACAGAUGAUUCAGCUCUGGCGAUCUCCGGACUACGUGUGGAACAAGAUCAACUUGCACAUUUUUGCUGCUCUCUUCAGCGGAUUUACUUUCUGGAUGAUUGGAGAUGGCACGUUCGACCUUCAGCUGAGACUCUUCGCCAUAUUCAACUUCAUUUUUGUGGCUCCAGGCUGUAUCAACCAGAUGCAGCCGUAUUUCUUGCACAAUCGAGAUCUGUUUGAGACUCGAGAAAAGAAGUCGAAAACGUAUCACUGGGUUGCUUGUAUCGGAUCGCAGACUUUUGCUGAGAUUCCAUAUUUGAUCAUUUGCGCGACUCUUUACUUUGCCUGUUGGUACUUUACUGCCGGUUUCCCAGUCGAGGCGAGAUUCUCGGGACAUGUUUAUCUCCAGAUGAUCUUCUAUGAGUUCUUGUAUACCUCCAUUGGGCAGGCCAUUGCUGCAUACGCACCAAACGAGUACUUUGCCGCGAUUAUGAACCCGCUGCUUAUCGGAGCUGGAAUGAUCUCGUUCUGCGGUGUCGUAGUCCCGUACGGCCCGAUGCAAGCCUUCUGGAAGUACUGGCUUUACUAUCUUGACCCAUUCCACUAUCUCUUUGGUGGCCUGAUGGGCCCUAUUAUCUGGGACGUAGAAGUCAACUGUCGUCCCGAGGAGUUUACUUCCUUCCAAGCUCCAGACGGCCAGACCUGCGGAGAGUACAUGGCUGACUUCCUAAGUUCGAAUGCCGGUUACGUGGCGAAUCCCAAUGCCACUGGGACUUGCGACUACUGUGCCUAUUCAACAGGAGCAGACUAUGCAAAGACCUUCAAUCUUCGAGAAGAAUUCUAUGGCUGGAGAGAUACUGGCAUCACUGCGCUCUUCUGCAUCUCCUCCUACGCUCUUGUGUUUUUGAUGAUGAAAUUGAGGAGCAAGAAGACAAAGAGUGCCCGAUCUGACUAA